CGCGGUCAGGCGGUGCGUGGGGCAGCCGCGCGCCAGCGGCACUGAAGGCCCGGUGGGCGGGAAGCGGCGGCAUCAUGUCGGUGAGCGAGAUGUUCGCGGCGCUGCAGGGAGCGCUCGGCCAGGACCAGGAUAUCCGAGAGGAGAUCCGGAAGGUGGUGCAGGCGCUGGAGCAGACGGCGCGGGAGAUCCUGACGCUGCUGCAGGGCGUGCACCAGGGGCCCGGCUUCCAGCACACUUCCAGGCUCUCCCGAGGAGUCCAGCGUGGGCUUCCCGGAGGCUGCUGGGAAGAGGAGGGCGCAGCUGGGAGGUUUCAAGCCACACAAGUAGUGUUCACGUCCUGGGCUGCUGAGUUGGCUCUUAGGUCUCCCUUCCCAAAGAAGUGUCAGAAGGCUCGUGAGCACUUUGGUACAGUGAGGACACAGAUGGAGUCUUUGAAGACCAAGUUUCCUGCUGAUCAGUAUUACAGGUUUCAUGAGCACUGGAGGUUUGUGCUGCAGCGGCUGGUGUUCCUGGCAGCAUUCGUAGUCUACCUGGAGUCAGAGACAUUGGUGACCCGAGAAGCUGUUGCAGAAAUACUUGGGAUUGAAGCUGAUCGGGAACGGGGUUUUCACCUGGACAUUGAAGAUUAUCUUUCUGGCAUAUUAACUCUGGCCAGUGAGCUGGCCAGGCUGGCAGUGAACAGUGUCACAGCUGGGGACUAUUCCCGCCCUCUCCGCAUCUCAGCCUUUAUCAACGAGCUGGAUUCUGGCUUCCGCCUCCUCAACCUGAAGAAUGACUCCCUGAGGAAACGCUACGAUGGCCUCAAAUACGAUGUCAAGAAAAUUGAGGAAGUGGUUUAUGACUUGUCGAUCAGAGGACUCAAUAAGGAGGCAACAGUUGGUGGAGGCGGAGAGAAGUGAAGGAUGCUCGUUUGAACAGCAUCGUCGAUUACCUCAGAUGGUUGCCAAUUUAGGAAGUACCUAGAGAAGCCUUCCUACAGUAGUUUAGAAGAACUGCAGCUCAAAGCUGCUCUCUAUUUUCUUACAAAAGGUGUAGUACAGGCAUUAGAUGUUUUGUAAAAUCAUGUCUAGGUUAGGACAGGAGACUCUGUUUCCAGUGGAAUUCCUCUGUCAAACACACGGUGCCGUUCUCUGCACAGCAACAAUAGUAGUUAGUAACUCCCAUGAGCUGAGAUUCCCAUUAGUUCUGUAGUGUUCUUCCCUGCUCUGGCUGGGAAGUGCUGUGGCUGUCUCUGCUCACACGCCCUCAGAGAUGUGUGCACAGCACACAGCUCAGUGCAGACACGUGGAAUCUUUUAAGAAACACAGUGUGUAAAUAUCAGAUUUUUUUAAGACACUGAUUUUUUUUUUUGCCUUUUUGUUUCUUAAAUUUUCACUUACGUAAGUUGAAAAAAAUUGCAUAACUGUUUAUGAACCAGAUCUCUUUUUUAAUGGUUUCUGUUAAUGUAUCUCCUUUAAUUGAGAAAUUAGUGAAAAUACUCCUGAGAAUUCCUCCAUUGGAACUGGUGUCUUGCACCCUGCCAUAUCUCCCAUCCCCUCUCUUUUUUUUAUUUUCUUUCCACAAAGAUUUCAGUUACCAGGGAGAGCAGGGUUUUUUUAGACACCUGCUUUCUCUGGUGUUUGUUUUACUGGCAUUUGUUUUACUGGCAUGAGUAAAUGCAGAGUUUUAAAUGAUGAUUUGCCUUGAGAGCUCAGUGUAACCAAUUUUUAUGUUUUUUUAGCUUCCAAGUUUUCUGAAAAGAGAAGUGUAAACUGAUAAACUGCAGUGGUGUCUGAGUUGUAACAAGCUGUACAGGCCACAACUGUACCUGUUAUCCUGGAAUUAAAAAAAAACCAAACAUAAAACUAUAGUUUGUGUAGUAAAAUGCUUGUAUCUCAAGAAACACAGAACUUACUACUUCCAGUAAUUGUAUGUAAGAUGUUUGCAAACACCAACAGCCUCUUUAAUGUGUUCAAGUGGACAGUCUCAUGCCUCCCCAUGUGCUUGUUCUCUUGUCCUAAAUGACUGAGUUUUGCCAUUCUCCUACUUCUGGUGGUGCAGGAGGGUUAAGGAGAACAGCUAACUUCUUUAAGAGGAGGAGGAAUACUUCAGAGGAUGAACAGGAACAGUUAAGUUUAUGUGGGGUUUGUUGGUGUUUCGGUUUCUUAGUGAAGAUUUACCACUGUUUGAAUUAGGGGGUUGUUUUGUUUAUUGGAAGAAAAUGGUUUCUUGGUUAUUAUGGCCAAUAAAAGCUGUUCUUUGAUUUUG